UCCAAGAUGACAUCCCAGUCGAACGGCACCGCGGCCUCCUCCUUUCUUCCGAGCACGACCACGUCCUCGUCCUCGUCGUCGCGCAACCCGCCCUUCCUCCCGACGCCGAUCGAGGCGCUCCUGCUCCUGGCCUACCCCGUCCUUCUGACCUUCGGCACGCUCUUCUCCCUGCUGUCGCCCACGGUGCGCAACGCCCCGUACGAUGCCACCCUGCAGGCGCACUCGCAGGACCCGGCCUUCUCGCCCUCGUACUUUGCGCGCAAAAGCAACAUCUUCAAUGUCUUCUUCGUCAAGCGCGGCUGGGGCUGGGUGUCGCUGGCCUUCUUCAUCUUCCUGCUUACGCACCCGGCCACGGCUACCACGCAGAGGCGGGCACGCGCCCUGUUGCGGUGGGGGCUGGUGACCACGUGGUGGGUGCUGGUUACGCAGUGGUGCUUCGGCCCGGCCAUCAUCGACAGGAGUUUUCGGUAUACAGGGGGCAAGUGCGAGAUAGUGGACAUGAAAAUCGAGGCGGGCGACGCGAGCGGCUCAGACUUCGUGACGGGCGUGGCGUGCAAGGCGGCGGGCGGGAAGUGGCGCGGAGGUCACGAUAUCAGCGGGCACGUCUUUUUGCUUGUGCUGGGAAGCUAUUUCCUGGUCCAGGAGGUCGGCUGGGUGUUCCUUGACCACUGGCGCCGGGGCUCUGCGGGCCCGGUGUCGGUGCGUGACGAGCGCAGCGUAGUCAUGAUCGACGGGGCGGUCAAGAGCGCCACUGUCGAGGCUGAGAGGUUUGCCACGACUGCUGAACACCGGCUGGCGGGCGCCUGGGAUGCGUUGGGGCUGGGCGGCAAGAUUGCGAGCGCAGUUGUUGUUCUGAGCUGGUGGAUGCUCCUCAUGACGGCGAUUUUCUUUCACACAUGGUUCGAGAAGUUUACUGGUCUUCUGGUUGCGCUGACGGGACUCUACGCUGUCUACUUCGUGCCGAGGUUUGUUCCUCCCUUGCGAGGUGUUGUGGGAUUGCCUGGAAUAUAAAACAAGAAUGUGCAAUGGAAAAAGAGGAGACUAGAUGUUGGAUGAAUACGAUGUGGCCCUUGUGUGGUUUUGAUCACGGAUUUUAUAUCAAUCCAUAAUAUACAUAUUCAAAUGA